GGUGUCAGUUCUCUGCCCCCCCAACCCCUCCAUUCAGUGCUCCUGAUAGUAAAUCCCAAGUCUCCCCCCACCAAGUUCCCCAGGGAGGCAUUGUGUAACAUCCCAUGGCAGAGAAAGCACCGAUGCCUGGAACUUCUCACAUGACCGGCUUAUGCAUGAACAGCUGGAUUUGAUCACCAGAAGGCCCGUCAGUUGGAGCAAACAAGCAUUCUUCACUCUGUUUUCCAAAGGCUUGCUGCCACAGUAACCAACUUCAUUUGCUGUGCCCCCCACAGACUCCAACUCUUUAUGCUGUGCUUUCAAGUCACGGCAUCAUUCAACCACAGCUUCCCCAGAGUUUCUUGGGUGAUCAUUUUAUUCCUCUGUUUCCCACCCCACCUUCUUCCCCCAGUGAUUUGGUGGCAUCAUGACAGCUCAAGCCAGACCCUUCUUAGUCUUCUGCCUUAUGAGUCUUCUUCUUCAGCCACAAGAUGCCCAAGACCCAGAAAUGGUCCAAUACAUCUUCCGACGCUUUCAGAUGUUAGAGCAAGGGCUGGAAAAAUGUCGCCAAGAUACAAGGGCAUACAUUCAAGAAUUCCAGGAAUUUUCUAAGAAGGUCUCUGCGGACCUGGAGAGAUGCCACCUUUAUAAGACUGAAUAUAAGAGUGAAAUGCAUCACUUGGGGGGAAGAGUUGAAAGAGCCCAACGUGAAAUUGACUACCUAGAAUACAUUAGGACAUCUGAGACAUGUAUAGAAGAGGAUAAGAUGGUGAUGGAAAAGCAGAUAAAAGACUCUGAAGAAGAGCAAAAGGUCAGGACUCUCCUUAACUCAAGCUGUGACAACAUGUUGACAGGCAUAAAGUCAAUGAAGAUUGUGAAGACGACCAAAGAUACACAUGGUUGUUGGAUGAAAGAUAUCAGCAAUAAUUCCACCAAGAUUUAUUUCUUAAGCGGCUCCAGGAACAACACCAUAUGGGAAUUUACCAAUAUGAAGGCAUUUAUGGAAGGUAAGCCCACACCCCGGAAGCUUGUCUUGCUGCUGUCCUGGCAAGGCACUGGGCAGGUGGUCUAUCGGGGUUUCUUAUUCUUCCACAAUCAUGGCACCCCCAACGAGAUCAUCAAAUACAACCUCCAAAAGAAAAGUGUGGAAGAUCGGAUGCUACUCCCAGGGAGCUACGGCAUACCAGUCUAUCAGCAUACUCCCUGGACUCACAUCGACCUGGCUGUGGAUGAGCACGGGCUCUGGGCCAUUCACAGAGAGAUAGACCACCUGAUAAUCACGAAAAUAGACCCUGAAACAAUGGCCGUGGAGCACACUUGGACAUCAUUCUGCAGUAACAGAGAUGCCGAUGCAGCCUUUCUCCUGUGCGGGGUCCUGUAUGUGGUAUACAGUAGAGGCCGCCAGAGCUCCCGCAUCAUCAAUUGUGUCUAUGAUGUCCUGGGAACCAUCAACAAGCAGGACAUCCCUACCUUGGUCUUCCCCAAGCGGCAGAGGGUCCACUCUAUGAUCCAUUACAAUCCCCAGGAGAAGCAACUCUAUUCUUGGAACGAUGGAAGCCAAAUCAUCUAUAAGCUCCAGACCAAAAGAAAGCAGGCAGGGCCUUAGGAAAGUUGGCAAGUGGUGCAAACCAGGUUUGUUUCUGAGGGACAGUGUCUAUGGAAGAUUUUGAAAAUAAUGCUCCAGGCCACAGAGAUCUCUUGCUCUGAAUGAGAAAGUAGUAAACAGAUAUCUCUUCCCUAUAAUAUUAUUUAGACACAUAGUCUGGAAGUGAGACUGCAUAUAUAAACUAUCUUUUCUUUCUUUCUUUUUUUUUUUUUUACUGGACCUAUUUCAUUGAAACUCCCAAUGAAGAAAUCCUCUCCACCAAUGUAGAUGCAACAAUGCUACCACUUAUACAGGCUUAGAGAACCACCUAGGGCACUAAGAGGGUCCCUCAGCUAGUAUGUGUCAGAUGCUAGACUUGACCCCAGGAAUUCUUGACCCUGAGCCUGGCUGUCCACCCUCUACAACACCCUGACUUGCUUUUGCCCUCCUAUAAUACCGUGUAAUGGAUAGGAAGGUAGCUUCAUAGUCAAGAAGACAUAGGUUUAAGUCCAGCUUUUAACACAUUCCAGCUGUGUGACCUUGGUCUCAUUGCCCCCACUCUAAGCCUCUAUGUGAGUUGUAGGGCAGCUGCCAGUGUGCAUUGAUAGAGGGAUCUUACUCACUAGGAGUUCCCUACAAUGAAAUCACAACUCCAAUUCUCCAUCCAUCCCCCUCCCCCCCCAAAAAAAUUAAUCUCUGAAUAAUGAUCAUGAUCAUUUCUUACUCAGAAAUCUUCUAUGGCUACCCAUUGCCUCCUGAAUUAUUAUUAUUAUUGAUGGUACGUACAGCUGACAUUUAGAGUUUGCAUAGUGCUUUACCAGCAUUAACUCAUUUGAUCUUUACAAUGGCCAUGUGAAGUAGAGAGUGAAAUAUUAUUAUCCCCAUUUUAGACAAUGAAGUCAAGUGACUUGCCCCAAGGUCACCUAGCUGAUAAAUGGGCAAGAUUAGAACUGGUGUCUUCUGAUUCCAGACCCAAGGCUGUUUCUAAUAUGUCAUAGCUACCUCCUAGUUAGGUCCAAACUCUUUAUGAUGACAUUCAAGGCUCUUCGUAAUUUGGUCCCAAACUACAAUUAUUAUAUGUGUGUGUAUAUGUAUGUAUGUACACAUGUAUUUACACACAUGUACACAAACACACACCUUUGCUUCUGUCUUUAAUUUCCUUGGAGGUAUAAAUGCAAUAGUGAGAUCACUGGUCAAAGAACAUGGACAGUUUAGUCACCUUCCUUGUAUAAUUACACAUUGAAAUACUACUUUCACAGUUCUACCAAUACUAUAUCAGUAUGCCUAUCUUUUGUAACCUCUCCAACAGGGGGUGACCCCAUCUUUUUUCAUCUAUCAAUGUGCCUGGUAUGAUGGUAAAUCUCAGAAUUGUGUUCAUCUGCAUUUCUCUAUAAAUAAUUUGGAGCAUGUUUCAAUGUCAUCAUCUAUAGUUUACAAUUCUUCUAUAGAAAAUAGCUUGACCACUUAUCUCUUAAGGAACUGCCGUAAUAUUCUGCUUCUGUCUCUCUUACAACCCUUAUUACAUUCAACCUUGCACUUUAGUUAUUUGUAUUCAUGAGUUCCUUGAGGGCAGAAACCAUGUUUUCAACUCAAUCCAAUAAAUUUCUAUUAAGCA